CCGCCCAGCCGCGCCGGGCCCGCCGCCGCCGCCGCCGCGGGAUCGCCGCCCCUCCCCCAGGCCGGCCCCACGGCCCGCGGGGCGCGGACGCGCGUGGCGGCUGCUCGGUGGGACGGUCCGUGGAGCCGGCCCAGGAUGCUCUGGGGGUGUGGAUGACCAGCUGUCGAGCCGCUUCCCACGGCCCAGGUCCGGAUGCCGCCGCCCCACGAAGACCACUCCCCGAGGGCCACCGGUGGCUCCGUGCCCUAGCUUCCUGACACGGGGACCCCGCCCGUCCGGCCCCCACCUGGUGGCCCAGCGGCCGGGCAAGGCCAAGGCCAAGGCACGGGAGCAGCUCCCCGAGCCCGCCCAGCGCGCGAGACGGCGCAGGGACCUGGGGAGAAGGGCUUGGCGCCGGCGGGCAGCACCUUCGCCCAAAGGCUGGGCAAGAUGACCAGCCUGUUCCGCCGGAGCAGCAGCGGCGGUGGCGGUGGCGGUGGAGGAGGAGGCGGAGGCGGAGGCGGAGGCGGAGGUGGCAGCGGCGGGGGCGGCUCCGCUGGGGCGCGUGGGGCCGGGGGCAGCGCCGCGCCCACCUCCCAGGAGCUCAACAACAGCCGGCCCGCCCGCCAGGUGCGCCGCCUGGAGUUCAACCAGGCCAUGGACGACUUCAAGACCAUGUUCCCCAACAUGGACUACGACAUCAUCGAGUGCGUGCUGCGCGCCAACAGCGGCGCCGUGGACGCCACCAUCGACCAGCUGCUGCAGAUGAACCUGGAGGGCGGCCCCGGCGGCGGCGAUGAGGACAGCUCGGACUCGGAGGACAGCAUUCCCCCGGAGAUCUUGGAAAGGACUUUGGAACCUGACAGCUCCGACGAGGAGCCCCCGCCGGUGUACUCCCCGCCGGCUUACCACAUGCACAUGUUCGACAGGCCUUACCUCCUGGCCCCGCCCACCCCGCCUCCCCGCAUCGACGUGCUGGACUCCGCACCCGCUUCCGGCCAGAGGCGCUACCGGAACUGGAACCCGCCGCUGCUGGGCAACCUCCCCGAUGACUUUCUCCGCAUCCUGCCCCAGCAGCUGGACCGCGGGCAGGGCAACCCCAGGGGCUCCAAGCCCGUGAACAGAGAGGGCGGCCUGCCCCCCGCGGCCGGGCCUGGGACCGGGACCCGGGACCAGGAGAGCCGCUGGAAGCAGUACCUGGAGGAUGAGAGGAUCGCGCUCUUCCUGCAGAACGAGGAGUUCAUGAAGGAGCUGCAGCGCAACAGAGACUUCCUCCUGGCCCUGGAGAGAGAUCGAUUGAAAUACGAGUCCCAGAAAUCCAAGUCCAGCAGCGUGGCUGUGGGAAAUGACCUUGGCUUUCCCUCUCCUGCCCCAGGAACCAAUGAUGCCAACCACGCUGUGUCUGAAGAUGCCUUAUUCAGGGACAAGUUGAAGCACAUGGGCAAAUCCACCCGGAGGAAGCUGUUUGAACUGGCCAGGGCCUUCUCGGAGAAGACCAAGAUGCGGAAGUCAAAGAGGAAACACUUGUUGAAGCAUCAGUCGCUGGGGGCUGCUGCGUCCACAGCCAACCUCCUGGACGACGUGGAGGGCCACACCUGUGACGAAGACUUCCGGGGCCGGCGGCAGGAGGUGCCCAAGGUGGAGGAGGCCCUACGGGAAGGACAGUAAGAGCUUCUGCCCAAAACCAUCUCUCCAGGAGCCAGUGGUGAAGGACCCCGGGUGGAAAAGCCUUCUCCCAUCCUUCUCCUUCCCAGAUGACAGCAGUUCCUCCUCGCUGGAGAUGACCUGACCCGGUGGAGGCAGCCGGAGAGCAAUCCCGGCCCCCAGUUGGAGAGCCUCGCUGCAGCCGGACAGAUGGACAGAUGGACAGAUGGUGCUUGAGUACCAAGGCCCAGCGAUUCUCCAGCCACAGUCCAGCCGAGCCACUGCCACUUUCAAUGGGACUUAGAACUUCGGAGUUGCAUGCUGUGAUUGGAGGAAGGACCUGGAAGAGGGGGAGGGGGGAGGGCGGAGGGCGGUGAUUGGCCAACCAGGGCCCCUUUUGUAGCCUGGCUGUUCUAUGGGCAAUGAGUGGAAAUGCAGGAUCCAACCCCCUUCUUAAAAA